UUCGUUGGUGUACAUUUACCGCUGUUUCAUGGGGAAUUCGUCUUUUGCAAUUUGGUGCUGUACGAAUAUUGAAUAUGGCUUUGUCUUAUGAGGAGCAAAUUUUGAAGGAGAAAAAACAGCUUCACAUGUCAGUGUUUGCACAAUGUAUAUCACCAGAUGGCAAGUACCUACUAGCUGGGAACAACUAUGGGACAAUUGCUGUCUUCAGUAUGCGUUGUGCACUAUCAUCAGAUGCAAAUGAAAACAGCAGGAAACCUAUCUUCACAUUCAAAGCCUUUGAUGGUGCCAUAUUUGCUCUGCAGUCUACUGAAAACUUUUUGAUCUGUGGUGGAAGUGGAGAUAUCAAAGCUUGGAAAUGGAAGGAUAUACAACAGAAGGCACCAAGGGUAGCAUGGUCACUCUCUGUACCACACUCAGCAAAUUUUGGAGCCGUGGAAACCAACGGACUUGCAUAUAAUCGGCAGGACAACACUUUGUAUUCUGGUGGAGGUGACAGUGAAUUGCAUGUGUGGGACUUAGAAUCAGGUACAUGUAAGCAUUCUUAUACAGACCACACGGACUACAUCCAUGCUGUAGCAUUGUUUAAUACAUCAGCACAGGUUGCCUCAGGGUCUGAAGAUGGAACAGUCAGGAUAUGGGAUACUAGGACGUCAGGGGAACCCGUAGCCAUCCUAGAACCAAACAAACAUGAGGAAUGCAUCAAUAAUCCAAAAGAUAAAUGGAUAAGCUGUGUAGCCGUAGAUCCUGCAGAUGACUGGCUGAUCUGUGGUGGUGGACCAUCAUUAAGUCUUUGGCAUUUGAGAUCACUCUCUCCUACCACUAUUUUUGAAGCACCAAAAUGUCAGCCACAUGUAGUUCUUUAUCAUGAUGAUGCUGUAAUAUCAGCAGGGACGUCUCCAAAUAUCUAUCACUGGCAUGUGAAUGGUGAUUCUAAACUUACCACACCUUGUACAGCUAUGGAUGUGUAUAGCGUGGUCAUCAACACAGAGUCAGAGGCUAAUAAGGUACUGUGUGCUUCAGGGGCAAGUUCCAAGAUUGAUGUCUACACAAACUUUGGUUACAAGGCAUUCUCUUUGGACUUCUGCUGAUGAAAACCAUUCCUCACCUCUACCAUCCAUUGUAUCAUCAAGUUAAAAAAUUGCUCAUCAGCACACCGUCAUGCUUUCUGACUGUAGCAUUUUUUCUGGCUUGAGCUUACAUUGAGGUUAUUUUCUAUUAACACUCGUCAAUGGCAAGUUCGAAAAUCACACAUGAGCAUACCAACAUGUUUGCUGAUUGGACCCCCUUUUUUUUCUGGCUUAAACUUGUGAAAUUAUUCUUAUUUUGUCACUGUUGCCAGUUACUCAAACAAAGAGAAACAAAACAGAAUAUCAUUUUACAGGUAUUUGUAAAGAUUAUUGGAAAACAAUGUACUCCCCCUCCCCUAAAACAUUCCUGUUUAUAUGGUCUUUUGUGCAGAUGCCCAUAAUGUGUAUGUUUGAAUGUUUGCCAUAGUAGUCAGCCCAGUAACCCAAAGAUCAUUGGCCCUUGAUCCAGGGAAGUGGGAGUCCCCUGGGUAGUGCUUAUUUUCAUGCUUGAAUACAUCACAUGUAAUCAAAUAUGCAAAUCAACUUUACAAACAGUCACCAAGCUAUGUGCCAUGAGCCAAAUAGUUUUUCUCAAUUAGACAAAAUUCAGAUUACUAUUCAACAAAGUUCAGAUUAAGUCUAAAUUGUUACACAAAACCAAUAGUCCUAGCUUGGGUGGGUAUUCAGACCAUGUGAAGAUUGAUCAAGUAGGUCUUAUUGAUUUAGCCAUAGAAUAAUUAGCUGAGCUGGGAAUUGGACCAACUUGUAUUAAAUCAAGUGGCUCAAUCUCCUGGCAUUGUUGCAUACAAGUAAUACUUACUUUUCCAUUAUGGUAAUUUCCAUGGAUUCCUUAUUUUGACUGCCAAUGCUGGUUACCAUGGUAGUUAGCACAAUAGCAAAGUAUUGUAAUAUCACGUCUUUAUACAAGAGGACCAAGGUAAUGUGUUUAUCACACAGUAAUUUUAGGGGGCUGGUGGGGCAGGGAAUAGCACAAUCAGAUUUUAGAAUCCAAACAUUGGCUUGCACUUGUAUUUAAAAAAGUUUGCUUUAUUUAGCCGGGGGGGGGGGGGGGGGGAGGCAGGAGAUUUCUUAGCCAAAUUGGGGAACGUUUCAUGAAGAGAUUCAUCAAUGAUUCUACCAACAUUUGUUAUAAACUACUGAAAGCCUUGCAUCUGAUUGGCUAAGAGUAGUAUUGUCGAUCAAGAUCACUGAAAAGAUGCUUAAUGAAAAGCUGGGAAGGUGUACUCCAACCUGAACACCCCCCCUCCAACAUCCAUACAGAUUUUUACAUUCAUUACAGACAUGAUUACAAAUUAUAUGGCAAGCGAGGUUUUGUGUGGUUCCAGACAGCACACUGGUGUUCAAAAAGACAUUGGAACUUGCCAGUUAUGUUCGUGUUGUACAUGUUUAUAGAUCUGUGAUUGUGAAGUCAUGGGACUUUGCAUUUUGUAAUAAAGUUUAUAAAUAAGGAAUAAGAACAAGAAGCAGACCCUUUUCUUCUCACAAUGUCCACAUGUAUGUGUGAUUAUGAGGGUGUGUGAGUUUUGCUUUUCUUGGGGAAGGGAGGAAUCUUGAUAGAAAGUGAAAAUUUUAAGCAUAUCACAUAAAAAUAAAUAUAUAAAGAGUGGUGAGAUUGAUAGUUAACAGAUGCAGUAAGGGGUAGUUGAAGAGAGGGAGGGGGAUGGUUUAAUUAAAAGUCUGAUGGGGAAGGGGUGACACAAUGUGAGAGUACUUAGCAUAUAAACAUUCAAGAAAGAUGUGACU